AUGGAUGUUCAAGAUGUGAAUGUCCCAGAACGAGUCCGCAAGCGCCGUCGUCGCACAAUGGCGUGCACGCAAUGUCGUACUCGCAAACUACGCUGUGAUCGCGAGUAUCCCACCUGCAGCCGGUGCUUGAAGAGCAGGACUCCGAACAAGUGCACGUACGAGGAUGGCUUCCUCUGGCAGCAGCCUACCACCGUGGCAACAACCUCAUUUGCUUCCGACCGAGGGCCCACCAUGAUUCCCCGAGCUGACCAUACCCCUCUCGACACCCCAGACUCGGGGAUAGCGACGGGGUCAGCUCGGACGGAGCCACCACAGGCCAAUGACCCCAGCUCGGGCGCUGUAUCGCAUCAUAUGCAGCCUAUUAAUCAUCAUCCGCAUCCUCCGCACCAUCAUGAUCAUCCAUCACAUGCUCUGGCGCCUCAUUUUAGAGGAAAACCGUAUGGUAAGGACCGCAAGGAGCGAGGCUUUUUGGAGACGGUUCUUGGUGCACCCAAGGCUGCUGUGAACCAGGAACCGUAUGUGAAUACGGGUUUGUUGCAACGUCCGAAGCGAUCCGCUCCUGAGCCUGAUUUGCAGUCGUCGCGGGUCGAUGAUGAUCAUGUUUAUGAAGAGGAAGAGGACGCAUUGACUCCAUCGCAUCAGCUCGAUCUUUCUCCUCGGAUUAUGAUGAGAGGUCGUGAAACAAGGACUCGCUUUAGUGGAUCGGGCAUUUUGGCCAACCUUGUAGCGCAGUUCCCUGAUAUCCGAUCCUUUGCAGAGGAGAUCAAGCUAUCCAACCCGAUUCUUUCACAACUCCGACCUGACUUGGAGAGAGUGAAGCGAGGACUAUGGAAGCGCAUUCCACUCAACACACCGUUCCCCGAUCCUACUACAGAGUCACUCAUCGGCUUGCUGCCCUCGCGCGGUGUGGUGGAUGAGCUAAUUGGUUUGUAUCUUACCUAUAUCGAGUCAACUCACCGUGUUCUUCACGUCCCAUCCUUCUUACGAGAAGUGGACGAGUUCUGGGCUUUGCUAGACACCCCGGGUGCCGUUUCCCCUGCCUUCGCAGCCCAGCUUCUGUUAGUUCUUGCCUGCGCAUGGAACCUCGCCGACCCUAGUGGUCUGCAGUCAAAGAACGUGGCCGAACUCAAGUGCUACACCGCUGUAAAUUGGGUUUUACAUGCCGAAAAAUGGAUAGAGAACCUCCACACCAAGCGCCCGGAAAUUGUUUCGAUGCGCCUGUCCAUCUUGUUGAUCUUGGCACGGAACAUCUACGGAAUGAAGCGCAGCCAAUCCUGGCUUGCCAUUGGAACUCUAGUGAAACAGGCAAUGAUGGCAGGAUACCACCGCGAUCCAAGCCGAUAUACACGUAUCUCAAUAUUCAACAAAGAGAUGAGACGUCGAAUCUGGACUACGAUCGUGGAACUCGAUCUGCAAAUUGCUCUCGAUCGGGGCAUGCCGCCUUCUGUGCAGAGUUUCGACUACGAUGCGUCUCCAGCCUUGAAUAUCCAUGAUGAUGAGCUCCACGAAAACACGACUGAGGUGCCACAGAGUCGUCCGUUGGGCGAACCCACUGACAUGUCGUUCCAAGCCAUUCUAAGUCGAUCACUUUCUCUCCGUCUGCAAGCCUGCUCUCUAAUGCACUCUCCGCGAAUCAGCUGUCGAUAUGAGGACAUACAGCGUCUAGACUGGGAACUCAAUCGACAUCUUUCUCGCAUCCCCGCAUGGGUCACAACUGAACCGAACGAUCUAGUGACUCAACACAAAGUGACCUUGUGGAAAUCUUUGAUCGAGACAAAGCUAGCUCAGACACUACUCUCGGUUCACACACCUUUCGCCAUUGAGGCCCGGCGGGAAGCGCUCUUUGCGCCUUCAGCGCGGUCUCGUAUGGAUGCUGCAACCAGGAUAUUAUCCACUCAGCGACGUCUUCACGAGACGUCACGACCGCUUUCACUUUGUAUGUUUGGUGAAUGGACUCUUCACGCCUACAUUUCUGUCUGCCAACUUUUGCAUUCGACAGAGUCCGACAACAGCGCUCCCUUCUCUCCAACAUCCUCAACAUCCCUCCUUCAAUCCCUACCCGGUCUCCCUGAAUCACUCCUUACCCUAGUCGAAACGGCACUGGUCUCCCUCGAGGCACGAUCGUUGCUGGUGACGAAAGGCGCAAAAGACUACUUCUUCUUUUCGACAAUCGUCGCGCUCGUCAAAGCCCGACUGUGGCCCGCCCAGGCAAUCAUGUACAAACAGCAGGUAGUAGAGCGAGUCCUCUCAUUUACGCAGACUCUGUUCUCGCGACACGCCAGCUGCGAACACCUAGGAGCACCGGGUAUGGGUAAUUUUAAGACCAAUCAGGUGGCUGCGUUCACAGCGACCCCAGGCAUGGUACCUGUCAUGCCGGCAGACUUUGAAGGGAUGCUCCCACCGCCCCAUCUGGGUGUGACGCCGCCCGGUGAUUUCGAUCCUUUCUUAGAUGUGUUUGACUGGGAGGAUUUAACAGGCAUGACGUUCCCCUGUUGA